AUGGGAUCUAUAUCGUUUGAUAUGACCCCUUUCGAACCAGUUGCCAAUUUAAUUCUCAAUCAUGCGACAGAUCUUCAAAUCUGUAAUUCACUCAUGCAGCUUGUUGAUGAACUAAAAAAAAUCAUGUCAGCUACAGAAUACCAGCUCGAAGAACUUGCUUCUGAAUCUAUAUACCGACGAGUAGUAGAAUCACAUGACGGGGCACAAAUAAACAUGGAGGACCUGAAGCAAGCUUUGAGCGGAGAGUUGGAAGGCUCGGUGUUUGUGAAUGUGAUCGGCUUUUGGGACAAAUACUUUGAGUCGAAACGGAUAAAGGUCGAGCGUGACGGUCUCACCAAGAAAUUCACGGAACUUUCGGCGGAUCCCAAGUUCCAAUUUCCCGCUAUCCCGACUGAAGAUGCGGUAUCGAAAUGGAUGCAGGUUAUCGAACAUGACCUAAUCAAAGCAUAUCGAAACUCAACUGAUUUGGCAAAAAUUGACUCUGCGAGCACCACAGAUGAACGGGUUGGAUUAGCUUUCACUGGAUCUCAAUUUCAUACUCUCGCAGCCGGAAAAAUCAUUGGAAACCAAUCAAAGCAACAAGUAGAUUAUUUCAUUAAAAGUAGAUACCUUCCAAUUGACGAUAGGCACCAUUGGCGUGAUAUUCUUGUUGUGGGUGAACUUACAGUAUCGUCGUCGAAAGUUUCCCGGCAAAAGUUUCUGCAGCUCAGUGUAUACAUGGGUGAAGUUUUUAUGGCUCAGCCCCUUCGUCGUUUCGUCCACGGAUCUAUCCUUUUCGAAAAAGAUCUCCAACUCUGGGUGUCUGAUCGAUCAGGACCGUAUUCUUGUUUGUACAUUGAUAUUGGUGAAUCACCAGAGAAACUUGUACAUGUCUUGGUGACGUACAUGUUGAUGAACGACGAGGAACUCGGUCUAGACACCAAAGUCAAAUAUGAAGGUGAAAAUAUGAUAGUCCAUCUUCAGGUGCCUGGGUCGAAGGAAACACGGAAGUUUAUCUUGGACCCCGUCCAAAUCUCUCAACAGAAGGCAUAUCUUUGUAGGGGAACAAGUUGCUACAAAGACAGGAACCUCAGCUGCGUGGUCAAGUUCUCGUGGAGAAUAUGCGACGGACUCUCAGAGAUUGAGCUUCUUGAGAUGGCGGACAAUAUACCUGGGAUGGCAAAGACACUUGGAUCAGUUGAUCUGGUAAAAAUAAGCCAGCUUCGCGAAAGUCUUCUAUUCACAAAGACCAUGGUCAAAGACACCCGUCUGACAGAGAAGACGCUCAAAACGCCAAACUGUGGAAAGGCAAAUAUCACGGGAGCUCCUGCACAAUCAUUGGAUUACUCUGUCGGCGAGAAAAGGAAGACUGUUGGUGAUGCCGAAUUAAACGAUAGAAUGAAGAGAAUUCAACCAUCAAGCAACGUCGGCUUAGCUUCAAUCGACAACUCUGCAGGUCCCAGCACAGCUCCUGGUACGACUCAAAAUCCACCAAAGUCAAGUGCCGAUGUCAGAUCUAAGCCGGUAAAAAUGGUGAAUACUCAAGUCAUAAUUCCACGUGACCGUCAAUUUACCGCUGCCGGGAUCUCGCCGUACAGACGGCCGAUGGAUAAGUUUAGAUCGGCGCUGGAACUGAUAAUCGGGAUGAGAGAUGCCAUCAAGGCGCACCGGUCGUUACUGAUUGACGCAAAGAUAUUACAUCGCGACAUCUCGGUGAAUAAUAUUCUAUUGACUGGCAUCAAGAAGACUGAUAAGCUCGGUGGAGUCUUGAUAGACCUAGACCUGGCAACAUUGAUGAAAGAUGGAAAAGUUCAGGAAAAAGCUCGAGUGAUGACAGGCACCAUGCAAUUCAUUGCACUGGACGUUUUGAGCAACAGCUUUGCAACAACGGGUUCAGUCGUCACCCACACUUACCGACAUGAUCUGGAGUCAUUCUUGUAUGUCCUAAUCUGGGUGUGUAUCAAUUGUGGAUGGGAAAAGGGCACAAACCCGCAUGAAACUUUCCUUUCCAAAUGGUAUACCAGGACCGCCCAAGAAAUACACUUACACAAGGAAUACUAUAUUUGUCUAGGUAGCUUCGAAAAAGUCUUGUUUAAAUUUGCGCCGAUGUUUGACGACGUCAAGGGUCUAGCUGAAGAAUUCAGGGACCUAUUAUUUAAUUCAAAAAUAAAGACACGAACAGGAAACCUAGAUGACCCCAACAAACUGUAUGAACCCAUUAUUGCGGCGUUUGAUAGAGCUAUCGAGGCAUUGAAAAUGUAA